AUGCCGUACCAGUACAAGAGCUCCGGCACCAACAGCCAGGGCAACCACUACUGCGCGCGCGACUACGGCAGCGGCGCGGCCAACUCCAACUCGUACCACUACUCCAACUCCGACGGCUCGUACUACUACUCGAACCCAGAUGGCAGCACCUACUACAACAACGGCCAGGGAGACUCGACCUACACGCCUCCCAGCGGUGGCAGCGGAAGUGGCAGCGGCAGUGGCAGUGGCUCCGGAAGCAGCGCCGGAAACAAGAAGUAG